AUGGAGAGCGUGUGCCAGAGCCCUGUACCGUUAGAUGCAGAGAUAUGCAGUGAGACGACUGCAAACUCUUUAUUGCAGAAAUACGACGGCACGGACCUGCAGGAGCUACUCAGUAUGACCACCUGCAGUUGGCUGUUCGGUGGAGGAGAACACAGCCUGCAUCUGGAUAAACAUCCGGGCAUCAUCCCAGACCCAAACAUAACCAUUCUUGCUCCCAUUGACUCACGUAUACCCCUAGACUACAAGGUUGUUCAUCAGAUUGUGAGAGAGCUGACUGUGGGAAUAUAUGGGUUUAACCAGCUGCCAGUUAUCAGUCUUGAACCCAACUAUGACCAGAGCUCCACCUGCCAGUUACCACCAGCAUAUUAUGAUACAAAAGUUGGCCAGGUUCUUAUAAACAUCGAUUACACAAUGAAGACUCUCUGGCAUGGUUGUUAUUUUCCAAGAGAAAAACGUGUAGUCUUCUCAGACCUGUGGAAAAACAGAAUGGGUGUGAAUGCAGAUGGUUUGCCACAGACCAAAAAAGAUAUCCAUGCUGAGUUUCUCAAUGCAGGUCCUGGAGACUCGAGUGUUGAGGAGAGCCUGCACCAGCAGGGCCCGGAACCCUCCAGGAAGCUAAAAGAGAACGUGGCGUGUAAGAUCUAUCGGAUCCGGCCGAGGGGAAGGGGCGGCUGUCGACGCUGGAGUUUCUAGACGACCCCGGGAGGAUCAGGAAGUGAGUUUUUCUCCCGUCGUUUUGAAUGAGAUCGCGUCGCUCUGCUACUGCUUGUCGUUGGCUGUCUGAAUGGGGCGUUAGGCUUGUUUGAGAUGAAGCUUGCCUUGCCUGAAAUUCAGACAAGAGCAG